GGGAAGUUCUAUUUGGGGCUCUUCCUCCUCCUCCUCCUCCUGCACACAAGGCUGGUCCUGCGGCCCCGCUGACGGCUGACCCUGGGAAGAUGCACUGGUGGAGAAUGCUGACAAUCUUUUUGCUCUGCUCACUGCUGCUCAGCCAGACACACUCUGCUUCCUUGCACCACCAGCAAGCCCAGCAAAUGAGACAGAGGAGGAUGACCCCCUUCUGGAGAGGGGUCUCCCUGCGACCCAUCGGAGCCUCCUGCAGGGAUAACACUGAGUGCAUCACAAUGCUCUGCAGGAAGAACCGCUGCUUCCUCAGGACAGCCUCCGAGUGACCCAUCCUGCUGGAGACCCCCUUGUCACAGCUGACCCUGCUCUACUUGUGAAAUAUUUAUUGACUGCUCCACAGGUAGGGCAGUGACCCGAGCCAGAAGUGUACUUAACAUUUCUGUCACACUGGGUGACAUUUCUGGGUGACAAAAAGGACACCAAGGAGCUCGAGAGCCGUUUCCCAGCCCAGGCUGUACCUCUGCAGCUCAACCCUUCAGGAACUCUCUGGCCAACCUCAAUAAAAGGACCCUGCA